AUGCAAGAUGGACCUGCGCAGUAUGCAAGUUGGACCUGCGCAGUUAUGCAAGUUGGACCUGCGCAGUAUUGCAAGUUGGACUGCGCAGUAUGCAUGUUGGACCUACGCAGUAUGCAAGUUGGACCUACGCAGUCUGCAAGUUGGACCUGCGCAGUAUGCAAGUUGGACCUGCGCAGUAUGCAAGUUGGACCUGCACAGUAUGCAAGUUGGACCUGCGCAGUAUGCAAGUUGGACCUGCGCAGUCUGCAAGUUGGACCUGCGCAGUAUGCAAGUUGGACCUACGCAGUCUGCAAGUUGGACCUGCGCAGUUUGCGAGUAGACCGGUCUAUACUACUAUGUAUAUUCCAGCCUACGGACGCCAGAAAGCAUUAUCCUUGUUACGAUCCAUCCUCUAAGAGCAACUUCACAAUCACUCUCGCAGACCUUCCAGGCUACAUAGCACUCUCCAACAUGCCUGUCCAGAGUCCAGCGCGAGGUAUGGACGCUCCGAGCACAGGACUGACGGAGGUGGUGUUCCAGAGGUCGGUAAACAUGGUCACUUACCUCGUCUGUUUCAUCGUCUGCGACUUCGACUACGUGGAAACCUUCACCCAGGACCAGAAGCCCUUCAGGGUUUACGCCGUGUCAGACCAGAUUAACCGAGCCAACUACUCCCGUGACCUCCGGCGACAGCGUCUUGAACUUCUACAGGAUUACUUGAAAGCAAUGCUGAAAGGAUAUUUUUUAUUGUGUCAGUGUUCCUGUGGUCGUCACGGGAAGUUGGUCUCAGCAAAGAGUCUCCAUAUAUUCGUCGACAUAUCUGUUUACUCAGAUUUCCUCUUUGCAUCUUGUGUGACUGUGUCGUGUGUGUUGCGGAGAGCAGUCACCUUGGAGUGGUGGGACGACCUCUGGCUCAAUGAAGGCUUUGCUAGCUACAUCGAAUACAAGGGCGUCGACCACUAUGAGAAGGACUGGGAUAUGAUGGGACAGUUUCUGGUUGAUGACUUACAGAAGGUGAUGACACUAGACGCUCAACUCACCUCACACCCCAUCGUGCAGCCCGUCAACCAUCCUGAUGAGAUCACUGAAAUAUUCGAUGCUAUCUCCUAUAGCAAGGGCGCAUCGGUUCUGCGCAUGCUGGAGAGCUUCAUUGGUUCGGAGCAGUUUCGUAUGGGCGUGAGGAACUUCCUGCGACGCUACAAGUUCGCCAACGCUGUCACACAGGACCUGUGGAGGGAGCUGGAGGAGGUGCUGGAGACCAAGCUGGACAUCAGCAGCAUCAUGGACACCUGGACACGACAAAUGGGUUUCCCAGUUAUCAACAUCACCACCUCCUCUCAUGACCAGACGCAGCUGGAGGUACGACAAAUGAGGUUCCUGAGUGACCCUGAGGCUGAGAGUCGUGACGACUCACCUUACGGCUACACCUGGGACAUACCCGUCACAUUCAUCAGUGAUGUGUCUACACGACAACAAUUGUGGUUCUACAGGAACAUGGACAAGUUGACUUUAAGGAAACCUUCCGGUGCAUCGUGGAUCAAGUUCAACGUAGGUCAGUACGGUUAUUAUCGUGUCAACUACGAGCCUUCCAUGUGGCAAGAUCUCAUCUCCCUCAUACACAGCAAUCCUCAGGCUCUCGACGUGACUGAUCGCGCUAGCUUACUGGACGAUGCAUUUAACCUAGCUAGCGCGGGGAAAAACCUGCCCUAUGACACUGUACUCUCCCUCGUGGCCUACCUCAAACACGAGAGCCAUUACAUCGUCUGGACCACCGUUGCUACACACCUCGACAAGAUGGCCAGACUCCUCAGGUCUACUAAUUCCUACCCGUAUUUAAGAGUGAUGAAUUUAUUCCAGAAAUAUAUGGUUGGUCUUGUGAGUGAUCACGUAGAAAAGUUUGGCUGGAACGAUACAGGAACUCACUUGGAGAGACGCACCAGGCUUGUGUUGAUGUUCCUAGCGUGUAGUAAUGGAUAUGAACCUUGCCUUGAGGGAGCCUACCAGCGCCUGCAAGCCUGGAUCGUGGAUCCCAGCUACUAUAUACCCCCAAACACACGUUCUCUCGUGUACCGUUACGGCAUACAGAAGGCAGGUGCUGAGGAAUGGGAGGUGAUGCUGCAGCGCUACAUCUCGGAGACCAACGCUCAGGAGAGAGUCAAGCUAGCACUUGGACUGGCUAACAGCAAGGAGGACUGGAUAAUUCAGAGGCUGUUGAUGGUGUCGAGGAACGAAAGUGUAGUAAGGAGCCAAGACUACUUCAGUCUUCUGAACGACAUCGCGAAAAAUCCCUGGAGCACUUACAUUGUCUGGAAUUUCGUCAAGUCUCACUGGAAGGAGAUGGUACAGCGGUUCACCCUGAACAACCGCUAUCUGGGUCGUAUGGUGAAGCUUGUGUGCACGCAGUUUACCUCUCCCAGUCAACUACAAGAGAUGAAAGACUUCUUCCAACAAUAUCCGAACGCUGGGUCAGGAGCUCGCUCGCGCCAGCAAGCUCUGGAAGAGGUGGAGGGCAACAUCAAGUGGAUAGAGCAGCAUGGCGAGUCUCUCAACCGGUGGUUCCUCGGGCAAAAUGCUGUCUUGUAAUGGGAAAAUGUUUGAAUGAGUGGGAAAUUUGGCUGACUAGAUACUUCUAGAAAUACCAUACACCAGGGACGAAGGAUGUCUUGGUACUCCCGCAUACCUGAAAAUCUCCAGAUAAUUAAAACCCAUUUAAACCAUCAGAAACCUCUUAGAGAACCUGAAACUUAAUAGGUAUUAUCUUCCAGGGAGUUAGAAACUGUCUGCAUAAGCAGAAAAUAUUUAAAAAAUAAUAUAUAUAUUUUAGAAAGCUAGAAAAUGUUUAUAUUAAAAAAAUGUACAAAUACUUUAACGUUAGAAAUGCAAUCCAUGUCAUAGGAUGCUCAUAAUUUUUUACUUUUUAGACUAUUGGAAUUCACUUUCAGGUUAGUAACAUUAGAAGAAUAGACAGCCCCCCCCCAAUACAAAAAAAAUACAGAAAAUUUGAGAAAUUUAAACUCUCUAGAAACUUGAUACUCUGCAAAUUUUUCACUUAAACAAUUGUUAGGUCCUCGUAGAGCAGUCAGAUGGGAAACUCUUGAAAGAACGGAAAAUUCAUUGAUAGCAAUACUAACUUCUACUGAAAUUUAAAACUUUGCAAAAACGAGAGCUUCAAAACCUAAGAAAUUUACUCAGAAAGAGUUUUGUUUGAAGAUUUAUAAUUAAAGAAGUUGUUGUAAAUACUAUUUAAGAAGGAAAUUCCUAAACUAAAGUAAAUUGGAACAAUAUUAAAUGAAAACAUUUCACAAAUAUCACUUCUGUUGUUUCCUCAUAGCCUAGAUAGCUUACGUAAGACAUUUCUUAAACCUGGGACUACACUGCUGUUUCCUGGGACUACACUGCUGUUACCUGGGACUACACUGCUGUUACCUGGGACUACACUGCUGUUACCUGGGACUACACUGCUGUUACCUGGGACUACACUGCUGUUACCUGGGACUACACUGCUGUUACCUGGGACUACACUGCUGUUACCUGGGACUACACUGCUGUUACCUGGGAAACUAUACAAGUAUAUAUGAAUCUAUGAGUAAAUAUCCCAGGCAUGCAAAACAACAACAAAGGGGGGGGAUUAAGUUAAAUGAUAUUUUUAGGCCUUUCGUGUUGCAAUCAACACAUCAGGAGCCUGCAAUGUUGCAGAAAAGAGGAGGAGGUCCAAGCAGAUACGAUUACAGGGAACGCAUUUGCUGUGCAGCAAAGGAGUUCAAUAUGAUCGUAUCUGCUUGGACCUCCUCCUCUUUUCUGCAACAUUGCAGGCUCCUGAUGUGUUGAUUGCAACAAAAGGCCUAAAGCUAUCAUUCAACUCCCACAGUAGUUGUUUUUCAUCUUGUAUCACCUGUUCGUGAUCUUUGCAUCCUACAUAUAUUCGUGAUAAUGUACCUGUGUUGUUAAUACACGAACUAACUUAAAAGAGAUAAUAUAACAGCAACACAAGAGGACCCAUAAAACCGAUAACGUCUAAACAAUAGAUUUCAUUAGUUUCAGUUAUUCUUGUAUAUUUUUAGUGUAAAUAAAAUAUUUCUAAAAUUUAAAGAUUUAUUUAAUAAAUGAUAAUUUUUUUUUCACAUCUGUCAAGUGUGUCAUCAAAUUUUUAUAGAGUAUGUGUGUGCGUGUAUGAGUAUUAUAUAUACAUUAUAUCGGCGAGUUAGGCAUAACUAAAAGUCUGUUUUUUCCUGCCGAAUAAGUAGUGAAAUUUUUUUUCCUUCAAUCUGUGAAAAUGAAUCUUAACAUAACGAAAAAUAUAUAAAUCACUGAUUUUAAAAACAUUAAAUAAAUUU